CAUAACAUGAUGUAAACCAUUUCAUCUGUUCUUCCUACUUGCCUAUUUUAAUCAGAAAUGAGUAAGUAGAGCCUUAUAUGCAGUGAACUUGAAGAAUGCUAAUGGGAUGUCUGCAUUAUGUUGUAUGUGGAGUACUUAUGCUAGAAUAGGAAAGUCUUUUAUUCUGUAAUUCUCUGAGGCAAGAAAGAGACUGAAGAGUUACUUUAAAUUUAAACUCUCAUUCUAAUGUUAGACAGCCUGUUGGAUCUCCGAGUUAAAAAUUGCUCUAGCUUUAGUUACUAGAGCCAGAUGUAACAUUGACCUUAAAUGGUAAAAGCUCCCAAGAGUAGAAGAGAGGCUGGCCUGAGAGGAAAAAGAGGAAUAACUGAAGUUUUAGAGCAUUUGAGGUCAACGGCCAAGCUAUCAGUGGAGAUGGAGUAAAGCACCUUUAUCUAAGCCUUCACUAACGCAGCACAGCUGUGACUCAGAGGGUGCAAAAGGCUUGUGCAGACUGAGAUUGUAGGUCUUCAGCCACAUCCAUUCUUCUUGGGACAUGCACCACCAAGGAGUCGAAUGAUUUAUCUAUGAAGACUAUUCCUUAAUUAUCCGGAUGCUGUUUCCUUCUUAGAGGAUUUUUAGAGAAGAUAAUUUGGUCACAGCCAAAACGGCCAUAGUAAUGAAAAAGAAAAAAAAAAUCAGUAAGAUGGAGGAAAUAGAUAUAAAUGGCAACAAGAACGGGUGUCCAUGCUUUUGAGAGAGUGUCAAUAUUCAGUAUUUUUAAUUUCUGUUUAACUAUAUAUUUGUCACAAACUCUUCAGGACACCACUAUUGAAGGGACAACAUGCAGUACACCUUCUAUAGUUCUUCCAGAGAAUGCUGUUACGCCAGAGGGAGAAUUUGAUAAAAAUCUCCUUAACAGGCCUCGUAGUCCUCAUAGGAGACACUCUAACCGUGGCACUAGGAAUCCAACAAGUUCUUUGACUUCUGUUGACAACAGUGGUCAUGUGAUUGAUCUGGUAAAUGAUCAGCUACCAGAUGUCAAAAUAUCAGAAGAAGACAAGAAGAAGAACCUUGAAUUACUAGAAGAAGCAAAGAAAGUGAGUGAGAGAUUUCUAAUGCGCAGAGGCAGAAAGUCAAGAAGCAGCCUUCCAGAGUCACCUACAGCAGUUUCCCCUACACUUAGUCCUAAAGUUUCACCAGUAGCAUUUCGAAGCAACUCUCUCACUCUUCCAGUUCCAUCAGGGUCUGAUACGUGUACAACCAGUGGUGUUGAGUCAGUAUCUCCAGGACAGAAUAACAGAACUGUGAAAGAGGAUGACAGACAAACUGUAGAGAAUGCUGCAAAAGGUUUAAUUGAUCGAAGGCAGAAUGAUCAAAGAAAGAUUUCUCAAGGAAGGCUGGUUCCUCGUUCUGCUGCUUUUGAAAACACCAAAGAGAAGCUUUCAGAACAAAAGGAAAACUUUGAUCCACGUAAACAUAUGGAUACUGUAUCUAAAUGCUCCCCUUCAGGUGGUGAUGGUGGCAGAAUGUCUAACACUCGCAUGAAUGUUUGCGAAAAUGAACUUGGAAAAUCAUUCCUCAAGAAAGCAAAAGAAAAUGAUGUUCCUUUAAGAACCCAUCUACCAGGACCGGGAAUAGGAAAUAUAGACUCAAAGCUAAAAGUUCCUGUUCCAGAAAUGAGGGACCAUAAAGUUUCAUGUAAACCAGAAUUUAAACUGUGUGGACUGCGUCCUCCUCUACUACGGGCUGUUUCAUGGGAUAGUUUGGAGCCUGGACAGAAAGAUAAAACACCUUUAAAAUUACCAUCUGAGGAAGAGAAAAGCUUUGUUGUUGGUAAUAAAUCCAGCAAUCAGUUAAAAGCAUUCAAAGACCUUCAAAUCCAAGUUCAACCAGUUCGAAUGCAGAAAUUGACAAAGCUCAGAGAGGAGCAUAUUUUGAUGAGAAAUCAAAAUUUAGUUGGACUUAAACUUCCUGAACUUAGUGAAGCAGCUGAACAGGAAAAAGGCCCUUCACCUCUCCCUUCCCCCACCGAAGAGGAAGAGACAAAGAAUAGCUCUGAUGUCAUGCCGAGCAUUCCUGAUGUAUUACUGCGAAAACUGCGAGUGCACAAAUCACUUCCAGGAAGCUCUCCUGCACUUACUGAAAAAGAAGUUGAGAAUGUGUUUGUACAACUUUCCUUGGCCUUUAGAAAUGAUAGUUAUACCUUGGAAUCUAGAAUUAACCAAGCAGAGAGAGAGAGAAAUCUUACAGAAGAAAAUGCGGAGAAGGAACUGGAAAACUUUAAAGCAGCCAUUACGUCUUCAGCUCAUUUAUGGCAUCACUAUGAACACAGAGAAGCUUACCAGAAGCUACUGGAGGAUAUUGCUGUUCUGCGGCGUUUAGCUGCUAGGCUGUCUAGUCGUGCUGAGAUGGUUGGAGCUGUUCGCCAGGAGAAGCGUAUGUCAAAGGCAACAGAAGUAAUGAUGCAGUAUGUUGAAAAUCUAAAAAGAACAUAUGAAAAGGACCAUGCUGAGCUAAUGGAGUUCAAGAAACUUGCCAAUCAGAAUUCUAGCAGAAGCUACGGUGCAUCUGAAGAUGGAGUACCUCGUUCGUCUAGAUCCAUGUCUCUCACUGUUGGAAAGAAUAUGCCUCGGAGGAGAGUCAGUGUUGCUGUUGUUCCUAAAUUUAACUCCUUAAACAUUCCUGGUCAGUCACCGACAGCUUCACCCAUACCUUCAAUGCCAUCCCUGUCUGAAUCGCCAAGUAACGGAAGGAGCAAUCUAACGUCUACUCCUGUUCUGCCGGCACUUUUAGAAAAUGGAAAGAGUAAUGGAGAGCCUGACUGUGAAGCCUCCACUUCUGUGCUGACACAGAGUGGGUUGGAAGAGAUCAGUCCUGAAACUAAAGCCAAGAUAGAAGAGGAAGCAUAUAACAAAGGUUAUCAAGAAGGCUUGAAGAAAACCAAAGAACUCCAGGAACUAAAGGAAGAAGAUGAAGAGACACCAAAAGAAAGUCAUGAUGAACAUGAAGAAAGUGAAAAUGAACAUGAGAUAAAAGACCUAAAAAACAGCAGACUUGAAGUCAUCAUUAAUUAUUUGCAUAUACUCUACCCCAAACUGUGUAAACACUGGAAUGUGAUACUACUUGUAGUGGCUGCAAUAAUCAUUUUUGCUGUGGUGUGGGGAAUCUACCAUUCGUACAACUCCUGUGAUGAAAAAUCAGAAGGACCUGAAGGGAAGGCCAGCUGUUCUGCUGCCCGUCAAUAUUCCUGGUGGAACUCAGGAUUUCGACAUGAGCAACCCACUGAAUAAUAAAGGAUCAACCAUGUAGUUGUGGUACCUGAGCAAGUAUGCAUAUUAGACCACUGUUAAAGGUAGAGCUUUGUCUUCCUUAUGGCUGUUAAAUGUGAUCUGUUGGACAAGUGAGUUACUCCACACCGUCAGGUUUGGGGAUGCAUUGUGAACAUGCCUUGCUGAAAUGACAAUCUGAUAAAUAAUCCUCUGUACUCUUAUUGGGAAUGAAUGAUAGAAAUGAAAUAAUAUUGAAUCGUGAUUAAGAUGUGGAAGUAAUCAGCAACCAGUGAGACAUUUAAAAGAAUUGUUUGCACAGGACAUUGACAUUUCUGCUAUGAUUUUGAAGAAAACUGUAAAACCUGCAUUUGCAGUUAGAGUUUUACUUAGCAUUUCCUGAGUUUAUUGGUGAUUGUUGAAGUACUAAUGGCUUUUAAGUCCUUUGGCUUUUAGGACUUUAGGACUUAAGUCCUUUAGGCUUUUUUCCUUAUUCAUGAUUAUUGGGUAGAAAUAGAAGAUCUUCCGUGGAAGGUUAGAAUUGUAUUAUCAGACCAAAUGCCUUGCUGAUAAAGUAAUCUUAUAAGAGAAAUUAUCUGUAUGAUUAUUUAAAUGGAAUAGUAAGUACAUGCAUAAAUGUUUUUAUGAUAUACUUCAGGAAUGGAACCACCACUUCUUUUUAUAAAUGGAGUAUACAACAAAACCUAAAAUGGGGUCAAAGUGGCACACUUGAUAUCACCAAAUACAUCUGGGGACUUCUGAUACAUCAAAGGAACAUGCUUUGCAACAAGUUUGUGUCUGCUGCUCAGAGUCAAUACUGAUUAUAGCAAAAAGUAGUUGCUGUUUGGAUGAUUAGGUUUGUUGCCCAAGCUCAAAAUACAGCAGUCUUGGACGUGGGAAGGAAUCAUUCGAUUGUUUAUUUAUCUAUAUAAAAAAAACAGUCUUCAAACCUCUGUAUACAGGUGAUCACACUAAAGGGACUCUGCCCUGCUGAUACUAGUGGAAAUAGAUAUCCUUUGGGAUCUGCUCUUGGGACAGAGUUCUGCGUACAGCCAAAACCCUACCAGUGACUAGAUGAAUCAGAACAUGAAAGCAGAGAAGACUUGAAAGAAGUAUACUGCAUGUUUUUAGUAGUUCAUUUUCAGAAUCUGAUGCCAAGUAUAUAACUUUUCUGAAAUGCUUUCAAAACUAAGAUAUCAGGUUGUGAUAGAUUAAUCUUUUGUCCAGACUGUUCAACAGUUCUGCCUAUUUGGGAGUUGUGAGUUCUUACAGGAGAAUGUGAAAGUCUGAAAUUUUUAGACAAGGAAUUUCAAAGUUGUGAAGCCAUUAUCUGUAAAAAUCACAUCACCUGGGGCUGAGACCAAAAUGCACAUCACUGAAAGUAUACCACGAGUACCUGCUGAACAUCACUUCUGAUUGAAGAUGGGCUAUAUGCUUGAAUCUAACUGCAACAUCAAAAUUAGUGUUACACUUGAUUGCACCCAUGUCUUGCACUCUUCUGGCAUUUUCUGACUGACUAACAGGUCUGUUUACCAACUAAAGGAAAAGUAUGUUAUGAAGUACUGUAAUUUCAGUUCAGAUGCAGUUAGUAUUGUCUUGUUUUCUUUUGGUAUAAACACUGAACCUCAAGCUGUCAAAGAAAACAUGUUUCUAACUCAGUCAGCAAUUUAAAUCACGUAUCUGGCACUAGUAACAAAUAUCCUGCUGGUGAACAACUGUUUGUUACAUCUUUAGCCACACGUUUCUUAAGAGAUAGUUAUAUGGAGAAAGAAAGGAAGAAAAAAAAAAAAAGAAAAAAAGUCCCAACAGAGCACUAUCACUUUUUUUUUCGGAGGGGAAGGAAACGUAAAAGCAGUUGGGAGGUUUGGUUUUUAUUUUAAAAUAUAUAUUGUUGAAGACUAGUGUGCUUAAGGAAGUUCAAAAAGGAUAAUGGGAAAGUGUCAUUUGGUCUAAAAUUGUAAUUGGUAAAAGAAUAAGGCAGAAGAAGGUUUCUUGCAGAUUACUUGGUAUCUGUUUGCUUCAGUUAGAAUAUCUGACUAUGAAGAACUACUGUGACAUUUCAUGUACUUUUAGUAUUUGAAGAAACUCGUUGGUUGCUCUUUGAAUACUUCUUUAUUCAAGUCAAUAUUUUUAACUUAAUAUUCCUUACAAAUAGCAUUGAUAACUUAAUAAGGCAAUAAAAAUUGAAGGUAAAGAGAUCUGAAGGUUCAGAAUCCUCUGUGCCAAAAAUAUAUAGCACAUAUUUGAUUAUGUGAUUGUGGAAGUAUUGGGCUGCACUGAGGAAAAAUAAUUAACAGUGCCCAUAAUGGAAUGAAUUUGCUCAUAUUUAUACCUGCACUGAUGUGGACUUAACACCUUCUUUUAAGUACGUGUAGAAAUGUAUUGAUAUCAAUAGAAUUCUUGAACUGAUCAAUAUUAAUCAUGUGCUAAGUGUUUUUUGACCAGUGAAUGAAUGAUGUCUCCAUCCUCUCUUGAAAUUCAGCACACUGGCUUCUAGUGGAUUUAGUGCACAAGGGUGAAUUUCAGUAAGCAGCUGUACUGAUUUGGACUGAACUGCUUGCAUGUCUAAUGCCAAUAUAAUUCAGACACAAAAUUAUUAAUUUUACUGGGGAACAGAUUGAAAGAGAUGAAAGAUUUUAAAGGGGAUGAAAAGAUGAAGGUAAAGUUUAUUUUCAAACAAAAGUGUUGUCCUUUUUAUAACUACUUUGAGCAAACUGUCCACUAAAAAUAAUGAACCACAGUGACUAACAGCACACUAAAUAUUUUUGCUUAUUUUUUCAGUUAGUUAAUGAAGACAUCUUUUUUAACAAGAAAAUAGACUGAGGUCAAAAACUGUUCUAAAUGUAAUGCUAUCAUUGGAUAUUAGUUUACUUUAUCUGGAAAAAAAACCCCUCUAAACUUUUCUGUGUUUGAAGAUUACAUCAGAUAACAAGAAAGAGAUCUAUUAUUUAUGCUAUUAACACUGAAAUAGUUUUCUUGAGGUGCAAUAUUUCUUUUUCUGCUUUAACAAGACACAGUUAUUGUUUUUCCUGCACAGCACAGAUGUUUCUAGUAAAAGGAAUUUUAAAAAGGGCACUAUUUUUGUGUAUCAUAUUUAAAUUUGUAAUAUUGUAAGAUUUUGCACAAGUGUGCUGGUAUUGUACUGUAUAGUAUCAUAUACUUGAGUUGUGAAAUAAAAGUAUG